UCGACGCGAACGUACACGUGCAAUCUCUGACGCACAGUGCGCGCAUCAUAUAUAUAUACAUACAUAUAUGUAUAUAGAUAUAUACAUAUAUAUUUACGUAUUGAGGGAAGUACGGUCUUCCUCGUCUCGGGCAACUUUUACUUUCAUCCCCUAAAACCCCACGGGCAAAUGAAACUUUUUUUUUUUCUCCAACAGUUUACAAGUGUCAAUUUUUAUUUGAUUUGACACUAUAAAAAAAAUAUAUCAGACAAUCUCGACAGACUUGUUUUUAAUUUUCUUAAAAAAACAAUAAUGGUUUGAGAACGUGUGUUAUAAAAUCUAGAAAAAAAUAUAUCUAUAUAUACACAUCUCUUUAAAAGUAUCGUGAAUCGAGUGAUGGGUGAUCAGAGUGUACCACAAAGAUCAAAGUGGCGCGUGGAUAAAGCGAUAAAGUGAACUUAAAGUGCAACGAAAAGCGAUAUUAAAAAGUGACAAAGUGCUUACGCGCUGGCGUCGAAGCUCUCUCGUUGUGGAAGAAUUCAAAAAAGAAGAAGAAGAAAAAGGCGUUUGGUUUAAUCUAGGCAAGGUGAAAAGAUGAGGUGUCUUCCGAUCGUUGUCUUCAUUGCUGUACUCACUAACGUGAGCACACAAGGCAAUCCACGUACAUUAUCUCCUAGGCCUUUACGAGGAGGACCACCACAAAUCGCCAGAGCUGUUCUUCAGGGUACUGCGGAGUUGCCAUGCGAUAUUCGACCGCCAAGGCAAAAUGAUUCAGCCACCCUUGUCGUUUGGUACAAAAAUGACAUCACGCCAAUUUACAGUUUUGACAUGAGAGGGAAACAUUCUGAGAAGAGUCCACAUUGGAAAGAGGAAUAUCUAAAGGAUCGUGCGUAUUUUCGAACUGCAACUGAACCAGCAUCUUUGAAUAUUAAUCAUAUUGACGACAAAGACGAGGGAGAGUACAGGUGUAGGGUGGAUUUUACGAAAAGUCCUACGAGAAAUUCCCGAAUUCAACUUGUCAUUAUUGUGCCACCACAUAAACCAAAUAUCAUUGACGAAUAUGGAAAAACUGUGCCAACAGUUGCUGGACCAUAUCAAGAAGGCGGAAAUAUGGAACUCAAAUGUCUUGUUUCCGGUGGUCGACCACCUCCCACGGUCAGAUGGUGGCGGGGUGAAGUGUUAUUGGAUUCUAAGGACAGUCCUGGCGAAUUCCCUGAUCUACGUAGAAACACACUACUCAUCCCAAAUCUCUCCAGGCAGGAUCUCCAUGCUGUGUUUACAUGUCAGGCAUCCAAUAAUAACAUCAGCCAACCAGUAUCAGCUUCCAUUGGCAUUGAGAUGCACUUACGACCACUGACCGUGACAAUUCUCAGCAGUGAACACGCACCACUCAGCGCUGACCGGAAAUACGAUAUCACAUGUAUGACUGUUGGUUCAAGACCUGCGGCAAAACUCACCUGGUUCUUGGAUGGUAAAAGUCUCGACAAUUAUACAGAAAAGAUUUCAGACGAUGGGAAUUUGACCACAUCAAUAUUGACGUUCAAACCAACUUUACUGGACCACGACAAGGUUCUCACGUGUCGUGCAACAAAUCCCAAAGUUCAUAAUGGUGCUGAGGAAGACUCUUGGAAAUUAAAUGUUUUUUUUAUUCCGAUUUUGCAUCUCGAAUUGGGAUCAAAAUUAAAUCCCGACGACAUUGAAGAAGGUGAUGAUGUCUAUUUUGAAUGCAAGGUCCACGCUAAUCCAUGGGCUUAUAAAGUCAUUUGGAAACAUAAUGGCAACGUGAUACAAAAUGAUGUGAAAAAUGGCGUCAUUGUACAACAAUAUAAUCUUGUAUUGAGACAUGUAAAUCGUUCUCAAACUGGAAACUAUUCCUGCGUUGCCAGUAAUGUCGAAGGCGAUGGUUACAGUCAAAAUAUUGAAAUAAAAAUCAUGUAUAAGCCAAUUUGCGUACAAGGACAACAGUGGGUCUACGGUGUUGCUCGUCAUGAGGACGCUAAAGUUAUUUGCAAAGUAGAAUCAUAUCCACCGCCAAAUAAUUUUCGUUGGACAUUCAAUAAUACUGAAGAAAUGGUUGAUGUACCACAAGCACGUUAUCAAAAUUCAACUCGUCAUUCACAAAGUGUUCUCACUUAUCGUCCCGUUAAUGAAAUGGAUUAUGGCACUGUUUUUUGUUGGGCAAGCAAUACAAAAGGACAACAAAAGAAUGCAUGUGUUUUUCACAUUAUUCCCGUUGGAAAGCCGGACGCCCCACAUAACUGCACUUUGACGAAUCAAACAACAGUUUCCCUCUCUGUCGAGUGUAUUGCCGGUUUUAAUGGCGGUCAAGAACAAAGCUUCGUUUUGGAGGUGUACGAUCAACAAACUGGUGCACUUCAAGCAAACGUCACAUCGAGAGAGAAUGCCACUCUCACUGUGAAAGGUUUAGAGCCGGGAAAAGUUUUGAAAAUGGUUCUAUAUGCAAUGAAUGGCAAGGGACGAAGUGAAUCCACCCUACUCGAGGGAUUUACACUUAAAGUUGCCGAGAAACAAACUGUACGCGUUUUGUUCACAGGCACACCUGUGCCCUUUGAGAUAACACCGUUACUGGGAAUACUCAUCGGGGUUGUGACCGCACUUCUGUUGGUCACUGUGACGAUAUUGGCUGCCCUCAAAGUCAGAAGCGAGAGACGAGCUCAAAGACCGGGCGACCUGCCUCUUAAAAAAGCCACAGUGCCGAGCUCUGAGGACCUCUAUGAUGCUGAUGACAGAAAUCCGGAUGUCGUACCCAUUAACAAAGAUUCGGAUUAUCAGUUAACUGGGUCUACAGCGGGAACGCCAUUAGCCACUCAAAAUACUCCAGAUGGGCUUCCAGCAACUUCACUUCCAGUCCAACAAACUAAUCAUCUGCAGAGCUUACCUGCUUAUACGCACAACGAAUACAAUAAUUACCCUACUUUACCGUUAACUGGCGAGGUGACGUACGCGGAACUUUGUCUACCAAGACCAACGACCCUAUCGACAGCGCCUGAGACAAAAUUAUCGAGUAUCAAUAGUGUUGGAGCACUCGGUAGUCUCACGGGUUAUGGAAGUGGUUUAGGUGUAAUUGUUGGUGGUAAGCCUUAUGCAAAAGAGGCGACAGUCUACGCCUGUAUAGAUCACAAUGCAAGGCCACCAAAAAUUGAUUUUCCCGUUACACCAUUGACAAGUGUCACUCCAGUAAGAUCGAAUGUCCUUCAAGAUGUUGCAAUUUCCGGUAAACAACAACAUCAUCCCCGAGAGGUUGUCACGGUUCGUACACCUUUAAUUUCAACUCAAGAAAGUUGCGUAUAGGGUCGGGAUUCCGACGCGCUCAACGUUAAUGAAUACUACGUCUGAUAGUCGCGUCGAAACGAUUACGCGUUUUAAAAAAUUAUAAACAAAAAAAAAUACAAUAGCCUAACCUCUCAAAGGCCUCGAAACUUCUUAAUAUUAUAAAUCCCGUGAAAAUUAUUAUUAAAAAAAAAAAAAAAAAACACUUUUCGAUUGUCUCGAGACACGCUGGAACGUACUCGAGUUAGCGCUGACGGAACAGCAUUUUUUUUACUAUUUAGAUAAAGUUUCAAUUAAAAAAAUUAAUUAAAAUUUAAUUAUUUGCUAUAAUGAAGGUUAUAAAAAUUGCGAAUUUAUUUUUGUAAAAUAUAAUUAUUGUUGGAAAAUUUUAUAAAAGUUAAAAAGUACUUACCGGAGGCUGGGCUCGAACGUCCGCCUUAUUCAGUGGAUGUAGUCGCUUUUACCAAUUGAGCUACCGCUGAACUUGUUUGCUAAAGCUGAAAAAAUAAAAAAACUGAUGUAAAACCAAAAAUAAAAUUUGAUUUUUUAAUUAAAAAAAUAUAAAUAAAUAUAAAUUUAACAAAUAAAGUAAAUAUUAUACUUUACACAAAUAUUUUGUUUCAAAAAAAUAUUUCAUUUUUCGACAAUUUUUAUAACUUUCAUGAAAAAUAAAAAAAAAAAACCUACCGUGAAUUAUUUACCAAAGAAUGGAGCACAAAAGUUUCCCAUUUUCUCGUAUUACUUUUACAAAAAAAAAAAAAAAAGAAAAAAUUGUUUAUUAAAAUUUAAUUACAUAAAAAGAACUUUUUAUAAAAGUUCCGUCAAAUUUUUUUUUCAAAAAAAUUUAUUUUUUCAUAAUUUCAAAGUGUUUGCACGGGAAUGAAAUUCAUUUUUAGGAUAAAUUGACGUUUGCGUGCUGAUCAAAUAAAUUUUGAUUCGUAUAACGUGUACUGGUUCGAGCUCUCCUAUAUAAUAUAUAUAUGUGUGUAUUCGAGUGGAUGGAAUCUAAAAAAUUUUUCAGUUUGAAAAAAAAGAAAAAAAAUUAAUAGCACUCGGCAAAAAGCGUAAAAUUAAAUUCCAUACAUAUUUAAAAGAAAUUAAAUUCAAAUGUUCACGAUUAUAAAAAAAA